CCCCUGAUUUGACGUCCUUUCGCUGUUUUUCUGUGUUGUUUUGUUUACUGGCGACUUUUGUAAUAGUUUGAAGAUUGUAUGUUUGAUCAGCGAAUUGUGGUUUUCCUGUGACAAGUCUUUCCAUUAGCAUGACAGGUAAUGAACGUGAAUCAGAAAAGGUAUUUUAAAGCGAAAGCAGUUCUGAUCUCACUCUGGGGAAAGUCCAGGAGAUUCACAUUCCCCCACACUGUCUGUGUUUAUCGCUUUAAUUGGGGUUCAGCCGUGAAGAGAAAUUCACAUAUCAGCAACAUGUGACGUUAAAGAUCUUCAUCAGAACUGCGGUAAAGGCUUUGUGCGUCAGUAUGGAUGAACGGAAAUGUUUCCUGUAGUUGUAAAUGUUUAUAGAAACCGAAAAGCAUAGAAGCAGGAGAUAACAGAUUGUGAAGGACCUGUAUUAGUUUAAAAAAAUCUCCAAUUCAGUCCUGGGGAUCCACUGAGCUGCACAUUUGUAAGGUUUCCUUGCUUCCAACGCACACUUCCUGACUGACAUGAUAAAUAAGAUAUAUGAAUCUUGUCUCGUGUGUUCAGGAGUGAGAAAAGGACUGGAGAUAGAAACCUUUGAGUUGCACCUCAGAUGAUGUGUGCAUGGAAGUGUUACUUAAAGGAUGUAAUAUUAACUAGUGCCUUGUGAAAGUUUUAUCCAUAGAUCUUGAAGGUCUUCUAGUAUCAUAAACUGCUGAGAUAACACACUCCAGAUGCAGUGCCUAGAACAUCCUGUGGAGAAGCUUCGCUCAGUCCUUCUCUCUACUCGUAAGGAUCUCAUAGAGGCCUAUGAGGAGUACAGCAGAGAGGAAAAGCGGUUUCUUGAGGAGGGUCUCCUCCCUGUCAGUCCACUUUUCACUGCAAUCACCAUUCACUCUGAUUCUGACUGGAUUUCUGCCCACCCUGAAGAUCCUCAGGACUUCCAGAGCUUCUACACCAACCCAUACCGCAGUACACCCGACUCCGGCCACAAGACCAUUUAUAUACAAACUAUUGGGUCCUUUGGGGAUGGAGCAGGGAUCACUGAGCAGUAUGUGGAGUGGCUGAGGGAAUACUGUGAGGCAUUUUAUUAUGGCCUGAUGGUCAAGCUUUUACCAACUGUAACUGUAGCAGCCACUAACUGCGCAUUUCGUGUCAACAGUAACACAAAUAACCUGCAGCUUCAUGCAGGAGACCUGUUGGAAUUUUUGAAAAAGAGGAAGCCAAAAGAUGCAUUUUGCAUUGUUGGUAUCACCAUGAUUGAUUUGUACCCAAAAGACUCCUGGAACUUUGUCUUUGGUCAAGCGUCACUCACUGAAGGUAUGGGCGUUUUCAGCUUUGCUAGGUAUGAUAAUGAUUUCUACAAAAGGAGUUAUGCCGGACGGUUAAAGAAGGCAAUAAAACUGAAGCCAGGGGACUACAGUGUAUUCCAGAGCUACUACACACCUCCCAUUAGCAGCACUCUGCUCCUCCGCUCCUGUAAGACUUUGACUCAUGAGAUUGGGCACAUAUUUGGGGUCAAGCACUGCCAAUGGCUCCAGUGUGUUAUGCAAGGAUCCAACCAUUUAGACGAAUCAGAUCGUCGUCCACCUGAUCUUUGCCCCAUCUGCCUCAGGAAACUACAGUGUGCCAUUGGCUUUAGGAUUGCUGACAGGCUUUGCUACAAUGGAUAGAGAAUGCAGCUGAAAGUUCUGAACAUCAGUCAGGAAAACCCACACAAGCUUUCCAAUACUUCAGACAGUGGUUAUGUAAGUGUUUGUGCAAACUGGCAGAUGACACACUUUAAAUAUCUUACAUAUUAGUAGACGAGAAGACAUAAUAUAUAAUGUUUGGUAGUUAUGUCAUCAGUCAAUCAAAGAAGAUUGCAUUGCAAUGCAUUGGUUUUCUGUACUGACACUUUAAUAUGGAAAACAGAUAUUUACUACAAAAAUAUGACUUUAAAAUGUAUAACACUGAUUAGAUGUGUAUGAAAUAUAUUCAUUUGAAUAAAAAAAGGUAAAGUGCCAUUGUGUGAACAUCUUAUUGCUAUUCAAGACACAUAAAAUAUAUUUUUGUGAAUGUACACUACAAGUAUUUCUUUU